AAAAACCCUGAGAUUUCUUGAGAUUGCAAAUUCGACCGCAAUCCUGAGCAGAGUUCCAAAAUCCUGAGAUCUCAUGACAAAUCCUGAAAUGAUUCUGUCCCUAUUAAAGUAUUUUUUUUUAAUUUUUCAGAUACUAAAAUGAGGAUUCGAAAUUUCUGGAAGAAUAUUGAAAUUGAAUUAAAGCCAUAUGAACUGAAAAAUUGCGAAGUUGUUUUAGAUGGGCAAAACUUUUUAUAUACUUUGUACAAAAAUGCGAAAUUGCCUUUUGAAUUUGGAUGCGAAAGUGAUAAAUACGCCGAUUAUUUACGACAGUACCUGAGUAUUUUUAAAAAAGCAAACAUUAAAUGUUAUUUUCUAUUCAAAGGAGGCGACAGUGAUGACACGGUACGUAGAAAAGAUGCAGAUGAAACCUAUGAAAGUAAGAGAUAUGUAAGACCAAUAUUCAUGAAGGAGAUAUAUAGACAAGUUCUUGAAGAAAUGAAUUUCGAUUAUGUCGUUUGUGAAUUUGAGAGUAAAAGACAAUGUAUCACCCUGGCUCAAAAACUUCAAUGCCCGUUGAUCAGUUUUGACAUAGAAUUUUGUUUUUCGGGAGUACCUUACAUACCAAUUAACCACAAUGGUAAAUGUUUACGCUACGAUGACAAUACAAAUUCAGUUCACUGUGCAUUAUUUCGUUAUAUUGAUUUUAUAAAAAAAUAUAAUUUGACCAAAGAAAAACUAGCGACUUUCAUUCUUUUAACGGAUGAGUAUAUUUUUUCUGAAAAUCACCAACGAAAUAUAAUUAAUGCAAUAAAUAUAAGGGUCUAUAAUACUUACCUACGAAAUUUAUAUUUAUUGAAUUGGCUAUCAAAACGAAAAGAUGAAGAUAUCAAAAGAAUUAUUCAUAAAUACUUGCAUAAAGAUAGCAUCGACGAAUUUGAGUGCAAAAAAAAGAAAGUUAUUGAAUUUAUCUGCAGGAGAGCGACUCCUGGCAUACCUGUUGACUAUUUAAUGAACGGUAAACAUAUUGAAUUCGUUGAGAACGAUCCAAUGUGGUUCGAAAAAGGUGUAGCAUCUGGUUACGUUGCUUUAGAGUAUGUCAACAUUUUUCACAGGAAUAUAAUUGAGGGAUCUUGGUGUCUUGAAGACCCUGAGGCAGAAGACGCCAUGUUUCUUUCUCUGGAUAUUAUAAAAUAUGCAUAUAACCUUUUGACAAACUUCGAGAGAAAAGAAUUACGGUUCGUUAGUAACGAAGAUGAAGUAACAACCAUUAUUAUUGCUGAUGAGACUCCAAUCCCGAAACCAUCGUACGUAGCUGUCCAGAGUCCAUUCGAAAACGGAUGGGAUCAAAUAAAAGCUUUGGGAUUCUUUGAACAUUUCCUUAAAAAAUCAAUGCCAACUGCUGACUUUAGUAUUCUGAAUGCUGUGCCUGAGGACGCCAGACUUUUAAUUAUAGCUUUAGUCUAUUUUUCAAAACAGAAAGCUGUUGAUACGACCGUUGAAAUAUGCAGUGUGCUUUUAUCAUAUGUGAUUUUGAGAAUUGUCGCCGAAAAAUCUAACAGCAGUUAUAAUGUCAAGCACGAAUUAGUUCCAAGGCCGUAUAUCGACCAUUUUACUGAUGAGAACCUCGUCACGGAAAUGGACAGUGAUAUAGCGAAAGACGCAAUGAAUAAAUAUUUCCAUACAGAUUCAACACCGGAAAAACUGGCAACAAUAUUCGAUGAAAAGAUGAUUCACCCGUUAAUUGAAUUUCAACAUUGCCUUCAAUGGUUAAAUUUCUUGAACAAGCUAUGUGGGUCUCCAUACAAGGAUACAAUUUAUAGUCGCACAUACAACGGUACGUUUGUUUACCAAGUUGCACAUACAAUUAAUCACAAAUAUUCUGGCAUAGCUAAGGACUUCGUCGAGAAAGAGUUGUCUCCUGCCGCAACAGUUUUGGCUUUUUUCAACGGUCUCAAAGAUAUUUAUGUUGAAAUUAUGCACUUUUGAUUAAUCAAAACGAACCAGCAUAUUUUAUAAUUAUUAAAGUAUCCAUUGAUAUUAUUGAUAAUUGUGAUAAUAGGUAGUGAUAUUAUGUAAUAUGUGUGUUUCAUAUGUUUACAAAAACAUCUAGUAU